AAGGCAAUUUGUGGAGGAAAGCACCUUUGCUACCAGUAUUACUGGUUUAUUAUAGGAUAUAAGCCAGGAACAGCCAGAUGGAAGAGACUCACACGGUAACAUCCAUGCCCUGUCUGAAUGACCAACGUGCCAGCAUUUCCAUGUGUCCACCAGCCCGGAAACUCCCAACUAUGUCAAAGAGUCGAUUUGGACACGGGAAGAAAACUCAAGAUACAUUUUUCUGGAUAAACGAGGUAACUGGAGAAAUCACCUACCCCCAGAAGACAGACGCAGCCGCAACGUCGCCAGCUCCUCUCCAGAAGCCGGAAGAGGGACCCAGAUCUCAGCGCGGGGCCGUGCAGGGUGCUCCUCCCAGCACCCAGGACGCGGCCAGCACACUUGCGCAGAACGCCUCCCCUCCACCCGCUCCUAAAGCUGCCCUGAAAGACGUUGGCUCCCGAAACUCCUUCCCAGCUCCGCCGCCCUAUCUCCCGGCCAAAGAUGGAGCCCCGAGCCCUUUGCCGUUCUCUGCAGUUCCUGUCACCAUCUCACCGCCAGGAGGCGCUCUGCCACCGUUCAGCCCCCUUGGGCCAGCCCUUCUGCCGCAAGCCUCUGCCUUCCCUCCCAGCCCUUCUGCCCCCUGGGGCUUCACCUGCAAGCUGAAAAACAUCCUUUCUGGGAAUAACCGAUUUUCCUUUUGAGCCUGAGCAAAUACGCCUGACCACGCCCUCUAAGCACCUUGCUGAACCAUUGUCGCCUGGCACCAGUACGCCCAGACCGGCCUGCCUCCCCUAGAGGCACUCAGGACCCUUGGCAGAGUUCUUACAAGAAUAUGCCCGGUGCUUUCAAACCCCAUAUAAAUUUAACUUAGAUUUU